CAUCUAUUAAACUCUCGAUAUAAACUUAUGAGCAUCGAAACACCCCUCGUUGGUGAAGUAGUCCAUAAUCAUGUCUUGCAGAGUGGAGCUAUCGUAGUUGAAGUUGGUUUUCCCUCUCAUUCCGUUGAUUCCGAUCGAAUACAAGUCGUGCAUAACAGCAGCUUCCUUCUCACAUUUGAAGGUUCCGAUGUAUUUCUUCUUGCUGCGGACGUUAAUAAGGACCUGCCAGCGCUUUCCAUUGCCGAGCAAUCCGAUGUACCUCGAUCUUCUUCUAGAAGCGCCAUUGUGAAGACCUCUAGAGCUUUUUGAAGUUGCUCUGAAGCUCACUUCUUGAUUACUCCCAAUUAUUUGAAGAACCAUACGGAGGUUUUGGGAGAUGUCAGGUAG